CAAAAUGUCAACAAAAUAGCAAGUAACUGAUAACAUGAAAAAAGUUUAGAAAGUUGAGGAUUUUUCAGUUUAAUUCAAUUUAUUUUAGUUUGGCAGUUCUAAUAAAAUGGCCAAAAAUGAUAAAAUUGUCGAUCAGUACACUGAGUUAGAGAGUCAAUUCAUAUUGCGACUCCCACCGGAACCUGCCAAAGUCCUUAGAGAGGCACUGAGAUCAGGAGCCUCACUAAAAGAUCGAUUUUCAAUUAAACUAGAAAAUGAUGUUCGGAAAGCUGAAGUAAAAUUUGAUCAUUGGUAUUUUUUUGCUCGAGUCGUAGAUCUUCCAUGCAUCAUCGAAUCAUUAAAAACCAUCGAUUCCAAAAGCACUUACAAAACCGCGGAUAUCUGUCAGAUGAUGAUUUGUAAAGAAGAUGAAGAUCCUAUUCAAUCUGACGAAGAAGACAAAACUAAACAAAAGAAGAAAGAUAAUGUAAAAGUUGAUAAGAAAUACCUUUGGCCUCACGGCAUUACCCCGCCUAUGAAAAAUGUACGACGUCGGCGUUUUCGCAAAACGUUACGUAAAAAGUAUGUUGAAGCUCCCGAGAUUGAAAAAGAAAUCAAGCGAUUGUUGAGAGGAGACAGCGAUGCGGUUAAUGUGAAAUGGGAAGUAAUCAAUGAACAAGACGAAAAGUCUAAAGCAAUGGGCGUUACUGUGAAAGAAGAACCUUUAGCUCAAGGAAUUGCCCACAACUUGCAUUCAGAAGAUAAUACAAAUGUUGACGUUGCGGAACAUGAUUUGUUCGGCGAGGCGCUCAGUGAUUCUGAAGAUGAAGAAACCAAUAAUAACCUGUUAGCUUUGGACGAAGAUAACAGCAGGCUGUCUUGUGAAGACAGUAGCCGAUUAUCAGAUUCUGUUUCUCUUCAGAGUCACUCAACCGGACGAAAUCCUCUUGUCACAGAAUUCCGAAAAGAAAUGUUCUCUCAACACAAUGAUUUUGUGGUACAGAUGCCCAAUAUAAAAUCUGAAAUAGUGUAUGAAUUUGAACAGCCAUCUUCUGUUUCAUCAAAUCCUGAAUUUUCAAUCAAAUCUGAGGCAUCCAAUUCAUACGAUUUUGAAGUGGGUAAAAACGACGACCCAAAUAAAUUCACCACAGAAUACAUACCGGAAUCAUCUUCAGGAGAUAUAAGAGCUCGCAUGGAACAAUUGGAAAUGGAAUUGGCAGAGCUGAAAACCAGACGUAAUAACCAGGAGACUGAGAUUGCUAAUAUAGAAAAUUUGGCCUUGAGACAACGGUUCCAACAUAAAUUGGAUAAUCUGCUUGCCGAACAAAUGGAAAAAGAGCAACAAUAUCAAGAGCUCGUUGCAAUUUUGGAUCAGCAAUAAUGUGGAAAAAAUGAUGCAAUAUUGGACCAAAUUAUCAUGUGGAGCAUGAAAAUACUUUUUUCAUUUUUUAUUUUUUAUUGUGUGUUUCUGAAGCGAUAAAUAUUUACGUAUACGCUUUCAUUUCAAUGAUACCUACGUAUCACAGCAUUUUUGCUAAAAGUAUACAUAUUUUUCUCAUGUUGAAAUAAAUAUUUCCAGUUUAUUGUAA